AUGAAUAAUAUCAAUUAUGAUGAAGAACUCAGAACAACACACUUUUAUCAAAAUAUACCAAAGUCCCAAAGAAAUGAACCUGCAAUAUUUUUAAAUAAAGAAAAAAAUAAUGAACAUUUAAAAAGUAAUAAUGGUUUUGAUGAGACCUAUACUUUUUCUAUUCAUAACUAUGAUAAUGUAAUAAAAAUGAACGAGAAAAAAGAAUUAAAUAAGGUACUCCUAAAUUAUGAAUUAGGGACACAGAGGAUGGAAUGUUUUGUUGGAAUAGAUAAUGAAAAUGUUCUUUAUAUAAAGGAAGAAUAUAUAAAUCAUAUUAAUAGUAAAAAUAUCCUUGUAAUAAUAAACCUAUUUGUUUGUAAUUUAUUUUAUCAUUUAAAGAAUAUAGGUAAAAAUAUCCACAAUCUUUAUUUAUCCUUUGAUAAAAUCGUUUCUCCUUUUCAUUUCAGUUUUAAUAAUAACUUUUGUGAAAAAUGCAUUUCAGAUGACAAUCAAAAUUUUACCUGUACUGAACAUAAAAAUUAUGACUUUUCUGAACUGAGUGAAAAAAAUUCUGAACAGGCAAGGAGAAAAAAAAAAAAAGAUUAUAAAGAACAAAUAUCUUCACAUAAUUAUAAUAAAACAAAUAGUGAACACACAUUUAUGCACACGUGUAAAAAAAAAGAGAAGAAUGAAUAUCUUCCUAAUGUGUUAAUUUUAUGGUGUAAACGGGUAAAGUAUGCAAUAAAUAUUUAUAAUAAUAAUAAUAAUAUUAAAAUUAAGAAAAAAAAAAAAAUUUUGGAACAAAAUGGACAAACGGAUAAUAACUCAAAUAAUUUAUUUUGUGAUGAAAAAAGCAGAUAUAGUAUAAAUGAAUGCAUUAAUACCUUAACAGAUGCAAUAUUUAAUAAGAAAAAUUUGGAUAUAUUUAAUAAUAUUCAUUUUCUUUUUCCUAAGGAAAAAUCUUCUUUUACAAAUAAAAUAAAACACAUUGAAUCAAAAAGAAAAAUUGAAAAAAUUCCAAAAGAAAAAUCCCCUGUUGAUAAAAAUACUUCUACACACAUAAAUGGAUAUAAUAAUAAAGAUUUCUUAUUAUUCGUAGAUAAAGAUACACUUAAUUAUAAUUUAGAUAAAGAUGAUAAUGUUAUAGAGGAAAUAACUGACUUAUAUAUAAUUAAUUAUAUAAAAUGUAAAAUUGAAGAUUAUUUUAAAAAUGUAGAAGUAAAAAAGUUUUGGAAUAUAAUAAAUGUGCAGUAUUUAACAAACUUUGAUUAUAAAUACCCAUAUAAUAAAAGGGGGAAUGAAAAAACAUUUUAUAAUUCUAAUAAAAAUUUUUAUGAAUCUAUUUAUGAUUAUAUUCAAAUUAUAAGGAAAACAACUGUUAAGAAAGAUAUAAAAAUAAAUGAAAUAUCUAAAAAUUGUGAUGAAAACAAUAUUAAUAAAAAAGAAGAAAAACAUGUAACAAUUCCUACAACCCCCCUUACUUUAGAAAAGGGUAGAAUUUUAGAUAAAGAAUUUAUUUUAAAAGACAUGUUCAAUAAUCCUAUUAAAAAUUAUCAUAUAAAUGAAGUUCAAAUUUAUUUAAGUAAUUAUGAUAAUAUAUUUUUAAAAACAAUUAUGCGUUUUUAUCUUUUAUUAAAUUUUUCUAUAGAACUGUUAACAAUCCUUUAUGAAGAUAUUGAUUUAUAUUCUAUUCAUAUAUUUUAUUUGUAUGAGAAAUUAAAUGAAUAUAUAUAUAAUGAACACCAACUUUGUAGUAAAAAAGGAAAUUUUAAUAUCCAUCAAAUAUAUCAAAGUGAAGAUAAGAGUGGUGAUUUUUUUGAGCAUAAUGGAAAUAACUUAAGUCAUUUUUUUAAAAAUAAUAUUUAUGAAAUGACUAGAAUGAAAAAUAAUAAUGAUGAUACAUUUCAUUUUAUAAAUUCUAAUUUAGAUGAUGAUUUAAAUUAUCGUAAUAAAAAUAAUAAUAAAACGAAUAAUGUUAAUAUGAGUAAUAAUAAUAAUAAUAAUGAUAUUAUUAAUAAUGUGUAUAAUUUUUUAUUUCAUAAAAAUACCAAUCAUAACAUUUUUCUAUUCAAGGAAAAGAAGUUAGAUUGGUUUGUUUUCUUUUUAUUAAAGAUAUUGAUGAGAAAAUUAUGGUUUGAUAAACAUGACGACCAUGAUAAUUAUUAUAGUGAAAAUAAUAAUCAUCAUCAUCAUCAUCAUAAUGAAUAUAAUUAUAAAAUGAGCACAAGAGGGAAAGAAUAUCAGAAGCUACUCAAUUCCUUAAAUGCAGAAAAAUAUAAAGAAAUACAAAAAGAAAUAAAAGCAUUAAUUAAGUAUACUUUAGAAAAAAGGAAAAUACAUUUUGAGCCUAUUAUUAAUUAUUUACUAAAUAUAUAUAAUAAAUAUAAUAAAAAAAGGAAAGCAUUAAAUAAUAAUAAAAUUGUAAAUUCAAAAUAUGCAUCUAUUCUAAAAAAAAAUUUUCUUUUAUAUUCAUUAGAUUUUUACACAUUAAAAUAUUUUUCACGUCGUGAUUUAUAUGUAAACAUGAAUGGAUUUUAUAAACCAAGACGUAAAAAAUACGAAUUGAAAAUUCCAAGGUAUAAUAAUAAAAUGAAAGAGAAAAUGAACAGAUAUAAAAAGUAUGUAAGGACAUUUCAUUCUUUAAUAAUAAAAAUACAAGAAGUAACAAAUGAAUCCAGAAAAACAUAUAAUGAUAAUAAUUUGAAUAGUAGUUCUAGAGAUAUAUUUUUCAAAAUAAACAAAUUUAUAUUAUUAAGAAAAAGUAGAAUGAUAUAUUUAAGACAAUUAAAAAAAAGGGUCUAUUCUUAUUAUUCGUUAAUACCUAUAUAUGGUAACAUACAACAGACGGAAAAGAGACGUAACAAAAAAAUACUUGAAGAUAAUAGGAAAAGGAAGAAAACUAAAAAGAAUAAAAAGAAGAACUUAACAAAAAAAAAAAAAAAAAUAAUAAAAAAAAAAAAUAAAAAAAAAAUAAAAAAUAAUAAUAAUAAUAAUAAUUGUAGUAGUAAUAAUAGUUACAAAAUGAAGAAAGAUUUUUUUUUUCGUGAGGGUGUGCACAAGAAUUUUUUUAUAAAAAUAUUAAAUAUUAUAAAAAUAAAAGAGAAAGUUUCCGAAAUUGUUAAAAACAAAAAUACAAUUUAUAAAAAGUUAGUUAAAAAAAUUAAUGAGCGAAAUUAUAUUUGUAUAGAGAAAAUGAAUAAGAAGAAAAUAAAAACUUAUGAGUAUUAUUAUAAUAUUUUUAUAAAUUUAUUAAAAACUGUGAAGCAUCAAGAUCAAAUUAUUAUGAAUAUUUUAUUUAGUAUGUUGAAAAAUAUUAAUGAUCAUUUGAAUCUUUUUUAUAAAAAUAUAUGUCUUUGUAUUCCAUGUAAAACGUCAGAACAAAUAAAUGUACAAAAUGUGAUGAAACAUAAAAUUGAAAUAUUAAAAGGUGAUACUAGUUUAUUUCAUCAUUCUAAUAAUGGAAAUAUAAGGCAUAUAAAUGAAAAUGAGCAAGAGGAAAACUAUUCACAUUUAAAAAAAGGGGAUGUCGGUAUUAUGGAUAUAAGUAAUAUGGACAUGAACGAUAUAUGUGUAUAUAAUAAUAAUGAAUUUAAUAGUAACACAAUAGAUAACCAUAUUUAUAGUAAUGAUGUUCAAGGUAAUAGCCAACAUGAUAAUAAUCUCCCUGGAAGUAAUUCUGUAGAAUAUAACCCUUAUAAUGAUAAGAUACAUGUAGAUAAUAAAUAUAGAGACAAUAAAUAUAGAGACAAUAAAUAUAGAGACAAUAAACAUAAAGAUAAUAAACAUGAUAGUAAUAAAUAUGAUAGUAAUCCUCCUAGUAGUCAAGCACUCAGUACUGAUCCCCCAAGUAGUAAUCCUCCGGGUAGUAACGCAUAUAGUAUUGAUCCACAAAAUAAUAACCCUUAUAGUAAUAAUUUAUAUAGUAGUAAUUUAUAUAGUAGUAAUUUAUAUAGUAGUAAUUUAUAUAGUAGUAAUUUUUAUAGUAGUAAUUUAUAUAGUAGUAAUUUACAUAGUAGUAAUUUACAUAGUAGUAAUUUAGAUAGUAGUAAUUUACAUAGUAGUAACGCACCUAAAAGUAACAUUCUACAUAGUGAUAAAUUUAAUUAUACACUUAAUAUAUUUAAUGAUGAACACAUACCAAAUAACAGUGUUUGUACAAAGGAUACAUCAAAUAUAUGUUGUAAUAAUUUAAGUUCUAAUACGUCUUGUAGUAACAAUGAUUUUAACACGAAUGUAAGCUCUAUUAUGGAUGAGAAAUCGAUGAGAUUAGAUAAUAGUAAUUCUAUAUUAUUUGAUAUGAAUAAUAAAAAUGAGACAUGUAAUAAAAUAAAAAAGAGUUCGGAAUAUAAUAGUAUAUUUGAAAAAUUAAAUAAAAAUGAAUAUAAUAAAAAGGAUAAAUGUAUAAAUUGUGAUUCUUUACUAAAUGAGGAUAUAAUAAGAAAACGAAAAAUGAUGUUAGAUAACUUUUUCAAUAUAGAUAAAUAUUAUAAAAAGAAGAAUGAAAGAACUAAUUAUUUAAUAUAUGAUAUAAAUAUUUUAAAAGAUUAUUUAUAUAUAUAUUUAAAAAAAUAUUUUGAUGACAUUAUACUUUUAUUUGAAUAUUUUUUUUCUAUGUCAUCUAAUUUUUUUUAUAACGAUUUUGUUAAUAAGACUUAUAAAGAUACUAGAAUUAUUGAAUCAAGGGAAUGUAGUAAUACAUAUAUUAAUAUAUGUAGAACGGAGGAAAUAUUAGAAAAUAUUUUUUCCUUAUCAAGUUAUGAUAAUUUUCAUAUAUAUAAUAACAACGAUUGUGAUAAUAACAGUGAUAAUAAUAAUGAUAAUGUAUUAUUUAGAACAAGGGAUUAUAAUAAUUAUGUGUUUAUAAAAAGAAUGAAAUAUUUUAUAAAUAAUGAUAUAAUACAAUUUAUUAAUAAAGGUAUGAAUUUGAUAAAUAAUUAUGUGAAUUUAAAAAUAUAUAAUGUAGAAAAAUCUUUCCGUAUCUUAUUUCGAUUACUAAAGGUUAAUAAUUGUAAAGACCCUGUGUUUCUUUUUAAUAUCUUAUGGAGUUUAAUUUUAAAAUAUAGUAAGUAUUGUAGGAAAAAAUUAAUUAAAAAAAGAACCAUAAAUAAAUUAUCUAAUAAUGUAAAUAAAAACGAAAUAGAAAAGGAUUUUAUAUUUGAAAAAAAAAGAAAAAUGUUUUUAGAAAAAUUCGGCUUAAAUUAUUUAACAACAAGUGAAGGUAUUAUUUUAUAUUUGAAAUAUAUUGCACGUGUGUGUAGUGAUAGAAACAAAGAUAAUGAUAUGGAUAAGGAUAAUAAGGAUAAUGAUAAGGAUAAUGAUAAAGAUAAUGAUAAAUAUAAUGAUAAUGAUAAGGAGUGUAGUAAAUAUGGGAUGUUUAAUAUCCAUAAGAACAACUCUUAUUUGUAUAAGAAUCGCUUUUACAAUUUAUUAAGCCGUAAAAAUGAAAAGACCAAUGAUACAUAUGAUACGCACGUUCUAAUGAGAAGAAAAAAUAAAAAAGGAGAAGAGGUUGACGAAUAUAAAGAAGAGGAUAAUAAUGAAAAUAACAACAACGACGACAAUAAUAAUAAUAAUAAUAAUAAUAAUAAUAAUAAUAAUAACAAUAUUGAUCAUUAUAAUAGUGAUGGGCUUUUAAAAGACAUGCUAAAUAAACUAAUGCAAAAAUUAAAAGGGAAAUGUAUUUUACAAGAUAAAAAUAAAAUAAAAAGAGUUCGGAAAGGAGAAAAAGAAGGAAAUGAUAAUUUAAUACUUGAGCAAUUAUCUAAUGUAUAUGAAAUUAUUCAUUCUAAUAAUUUAAAGAAAUAUGAUAAUAUAAAAUUAUUUCUUAAUAUAGAUAAGAAAAAGAAAACCAACCGUAAAAGAAAAUUUAUAUGUGAAGAAGAAAAUGAAGAAGAGGAUGAAAAUUUAUAUAUAAAAAAUAUUGAUAAUGAAAGUAUAAAUAUAAGGAAAAUAAAAAAAAUAGUUAUUCAAUUUAUUGAUGAUAAUAAAUAUGUAUUUCCAUAUAUAUUCAAUACUUUUGAUAGUAAUGUAGUAAGUAAAGACAUGUUUAAAUAUGAAUAUAUGAAUUUAAAUACAAAUUUUAUGUUUUUUCAUUAUUUAAGUCAAAAUGAAUAUUCUUUUAGAAACUCCAUUUUGAAUUAUGUGUAUGGGUAUCCUUUAUUUUGUAUAAAAAAAAAAAAUUCAAACAAUGAAAAUAUAACAACAUAUAAUAAAUAUGACGAUAAUAAAGAUGACCAUAAUAAAGAUGACCAUAAUAAAGAUGACCAUAAUAAAGAUGACGAUAAUAAAGAUGACGAUAAUAAUUAUGAUGCUAAUAAAGAUGAUGAUAAUAAAGAUGAUGAUAAUAAUUAUGAUGAUAAUAAUUAUGAUGAUAAUAAUUAUGAUGAUAAUAAUUAUGAUGAUAAUAAUUAUGAUGACCAUAUUUAUGAUGACCAUAUUUAUGAUGACCAUAUUUAUGAUGACCAUAUUUAUGAUAGCAUAAAAAGAGGUAAAUAUUGUGAUAGUGAAAAAAACAAACAUGAAAGAAAUAAUGAUUAUAAUAAAAAAGAAGCUUCUGAUUUUAUGAAUAAGCAUAAUUUUUCUUAUAACCCUCUUGAUAGUUUUCUUCUUAAUAAUUCUGAGGGUGUUAAAUCAAAAAUGAGCGAUUUUUCAAAUGCUAAAGUUAAUAUGGGUAAUAAAAAAAGUAAAAAAGGAAAGGACAUUGUUCAUAAUAAUGCUGCAAUGUAUAGGAAUAAGAUUUCUAAUAAUAUGAGAAUUAAUAGGGAUCAUACUAUUAAUAGUAGCUAUGAUGACUACAUUAAUAAUAACAAGAACUAUAAUAAUAAAUAUGAUUGUUAUAAAUAUAAUUCUGGUUUUAGUAACUAUCGUGAUGAUGCCUCCAAAGAAAUGUGGCAUAAUAUAAACCCGAACGAUAAAGAAUGGAAAAGGAAAAUUAAGAAAGAACAUAAUAAAAAGAAAAGAAAAUUUUUAAUAAAAAUUUUAAAAAAUACAAACAUUUAUAAUAAGAUACCUUUAAAAUAUAUUCAUUUAUGUGUUAUUGCUGAUAUAUUUAAAUAUUUAAAUUUAGAUCAUAUUGUUAAAAAUAUAAUGCAGAAAUUAUAUGAAGAGAAAUUAAAAGAUAUUCAAGAGAAAUAUGAUGAUAAUAAUAAACAUUAUAUAGGUAAUAUUUUACUAUGCUUUUUAUUAUAUUUUCAUUCAUUUUUAGAUUUAUUAUGUGGAUUAAGAGAUGGGCAUUUUAUUAACAUGUCACAAGAUGAUCAUAUUUUUAACAUAUUUAAUAAUUUCAGUGAUUUGAUAUUUAAUAAUAAAAAGAAUUAUUCUGUUUUCUCGAAAAAAAAAAAAAACAAAAAGAAAGAUGAAUAUAAAAGUGGAGAACGGAAAUGUGUGGAACAAAAAAUAUAUAUGGAUGAAAGUAAUAUUUCUGAACGUAUGAAUAGAAAGAAAAACAAAUGUUAUGUGUAUUUGAAAAAUAGAUAUAGUAAACGAGGAAAUUAUUUAUGGUUAUUAGAAAAGAAAGAAAAAAAUGAUUUAUCAUCGUAUGUUGAUAAUAUAUGGGUACGUUUUAUAAGGAGACGAAACGAAGAGAAGAUUGAAAAAGAUGACAGAGUAAAUAUAUCAUACAAUUUGGUAAUAUUUUUAAAUAACUAUUUAGAUUAUAAUUUUUCUUUUUUAAAUAAUUGUAGGUUAGAUAUAGAUGAAAGUAAAUGUAAGAAUUAUUUAUAUUUAUUUUCUAAUGAGUAUAAUAAAAAAUUGUUUACACAUGAUGAGGAAUGUUGUAUAGAAGAGGAGAAUACAUGUUUAUAUAAAUAUUUAAAUAUAAGUAUUCAUAAUGUUCAUGGAAACGAAUCAUAUGAGAGAUCUGUUUUAUAUAUAUUACAAUUGAAUGAUUGUUUAUUUAAGAAGGGUAUUUUAAAGGAUACUGAAGAUAAUAUAUUUUUUAAUUACGAACUCGUAGAAAAAAGAGAUAUAUAUGAUAUGCAAAUAGGAAGAUGUGGAAACAAUAUAAAUAUACAUGAUAUAUAUAAAAAAGACAAUUAUUUUUUUAAAAUUAAAGAAUGUAAUUGUUGUGAUGAUGUUAUAUGUGAUAAAGCAGAAUUGAUUAAACUUUUAUUUGAUAUUAUGAUAAGAUAUUUAAAUGAUAUGUUAGAUAAAAAAAAAAGAUGUUUACUUGAUGCUGUAAUAAAUUUUAAGAAUUGUAAAAAUGGAUUAGAAGAUAUAAAAUUUACAUAUAUGUUAAUUUAUUUAUUAAAUUAUAAAAAGAAACAAGAUAAAAAAUGUGCUUUGAUAAUAUAUAAAAAUUUAUAUUAUUUAUUAAUUGAAAAAUUAUAUUAUGAACAAAACGAUAAUAUUAAUAGUGAACAAAUGAUAAAUUAUAUUUUUAAUUUAAUUAAAAUAGCUAGAAUAAUAAAAAUAAAAAAUAAACAUAUGAAAAAAUUAUUCCAAAUGUUACAAAAUUAUAUAGAAAAAUUCAAUGAUUUUCAUUUUUAUCUUUUUAAUAAAAUAUUUCUUUUUAUAUAUGAAGAUACAAAAACAGAAAAUAAAAUAUUUUUAAAAACAUAUUUAAAUAAAUAUUUUAAUGAUAGGAAAAUUAUUUCACAUAUAUUUAAUCAUGUAUGGAACUAUUCCAAAGGUUCCAAAUUCUUGUUAUCUCAAAAACAAAAUCAAAAUGAAGGAACAGAAAAUAAAAAGGAUUUUAAUAAAAUUGAUGAUGGUAUAUCACCCUUUGUUUACUCAGAAGAUGUAUGUGAAAAUAUGCAUAUGACUAAAAGUAAUAAUAUCAAUAAUAUCAAUAAUAUCAAUAAUAAUAAUAAUAAUAGUGAAUAUUCACAGAGCAUUUGUUAUUUCGAAAAAGAAAAAAGAAAAGAAAGGAAAAAUCUUAUUAAUCAUAAUAAUAUAUCUCAUAUGGAACUUAUAAAAAAUGAAGAAGAAAAAUUACAACAUAUCAACCUAAUGAAAUAUUCUAAUGAUAUGAAUGAAGAAAUUAUUAAGAAAAUAUCCUUGAAAUAUAAAAACUUGUAUUCUAGUGAUAGUAAUAGUAACUGCUCUUCUCAUGGACGUGUCUUUUUUAAGACUACAUAUGUAAAGCAUAAAAAUUAUAGAAUGUAUGAAAAAGAGAAGAGACAGAUAUUUAUAAAAAAGUUAAAAGAAAGAAGUAUGUUAUAUUAUAAGAAACAUAAAAAAAUUAACAGUGAAAAGAAAAAAAAAAAACACAUUGUUGAAGAUUAUAGUUCAGAUGAAUUUUCUUAUUUUGUUAAUGAAUCUUUUAUACAUUUUGAAACUAAUCUAAAAAAAAAGAAUUAUAACCAGAAGAUUAUGCAAUUAAACAUAAUAGGUUCGUAUAAAGACUAUAAUAAUAUAGAUAUAUUAAAUAAUGUAAAUGUUAAUAUUAAUAGUAGUAGUAGUAGUUUUGGUAGUAGUAGUCUUAGUAGUAGUAGUUUUAGUAGUAGUAGUAGUAGUAAGAGCUAUAAAAGCAGCCGUAACAUUAGUGAUGUGAACAACGAUUUAGAUAAGAAGAGAGGUGAUAAAAAGGUUACUAAUAAUUAUGAAAGAAAUGAUGAUAGAUGUAAUAUGGAUGUAAAUAGGAAAAAAAAAAGAAAGAAUAAUAUAUGUUUCUGUAUUAAUAAUUUAAAUGGUAAUAAUUCCGAGAAUUUUCUAUCUCUUUUAAGUAAUGCUGAUAUAAGAAAUGUUCAAAAGAACGAUGAGAAAAUGUUGUAUGUACAAAAUGAAGAAUAUUUAUAUAGACAUAAUAAUAAGUAUUAUAAUAAUGAUAUAUAUAAAAAUAGAAUGGGUAAUAAAAAAGAUGAAUAUAAAAUAUAUUCUAGGUUAUUAAAAAUGCCACAUGAUAAUUCAUGUUGCCUUAUAAAAUAUAAAGCACAUUAUGAAUUUGAUGAUAAUAGAAAAAAUAAAGUGAAAAAGGAAAGAGAAAAGGAGCGAAAACAAAGGGAAACACAAAUUAUGUGUUUACCAUUAUAUAUUAGUAUAGUGGGUGGAUUGGAUAUAUUUUUAUAUAAUUAUUAUAAUUAUAUUUGUAAUAUGUAUAUAAAUCCUUAUUUUUAUAUAAACACAUAUUACUUUGAAAAAUACAUUCUGAAGAAAUAUUACAAAAGAGAAAAUAACUUAAAGUAUGAUAACAAUAAUAAUAAUAAUAAUAAUAAUAAUAAUACUUAUGGUAAUAGUAAUUAUAUUAGGAAUUAUCCUCAUAAGGAACAUACAACAAAAAAUUAUGAUAACCUUUUAAUCUAUGAUUAUUUUUAUUACAACUAUAUAUUUAACAAUAAAUUUACUACGUAUGAUAGUUUUAAAUGUGUUCGUAAUAAAAGAAUAAGAAGUGAAUGUUAUAUAAAAUUUUUUAAAUAUGGAAAUGAAGGUGAUAAGCAAAUUUUACAUAAGAAAAGUAAUAAUAAUGAAAAGGGAGAAAUAGGACAAAUAGAAGAAGGAGCAUAUAAUGGUAUAAAAUAUAUAAAUAAUAUUUCUGAUACAAAUGUAAAAGGAAUAGUAGAAGACAAAAAAAAUAUAAGAAAUAAAGAUAAGGAUGAUAAUAAAAAGGAUUUGGAUACUAGUGUUUCUUCUUUUGUAUUAUCUUUUUCAUAUGAAGAAAAGGACGAUAAAUAUGAAGAUAAAUAUGAAGAUAAAUAUGAAGAUAAAUAUGAAGACAAAUAUGAAGACAAAUAUGAAGAUAAAUAUGAAGAUAAAUAUGAAGAUAAAUAUGAAGAUAAAUAUAAAGAUAAAUAUAAAGAUAAAUAUGAAGAUAAAUAUGAAGACAAAUAUAAUGAUAAAUAUAAUGAUAAGGAAAGAAAAAAAAGAAAUGACUCACGUAAUCUAAAUAUAUACACAAAAUAUUACAAUAAUUCAAAAGCACAAGAUAAAAUAAAAAGGAAGAAUUAUAAAUCGAUAUGCUCAUCUGACCAAAAUAAUAAUGAAAAGAAGAACUCACCUUAUUAUUUCUUUUAUAUGGAUGAUGAUUUAAGUACAGAUGAUGAAGAUUAUAGAUUAAAAAAAAAAGAAAUAGAUGAGAUAUUUAUAUUAAAAAGGGAUUUAUUUGUAAUUGAUUACUUGCAGAAUUAUUUUAAUUUUUCCGUAAUAAGAAAGAUGAAAAAUAUGAUAGAAGAUAUGUUUUAUAAUUAUAAUUUGAAUGUUAUAUAUGUGAACAGGAAUGUUCAGAUAAGUGAGUUAGAUCAUGAUAUAGGACAAACGUGUGAGAAGAAAAAUGGCAUGUACAUAAACGUAUACAAUAAUAAUAAUAAUAAUGAGAAUAAUAAUGAGAAUAAUAAUAGUAAGAUGUAUACUAUUAAGAAUAAGAACGAAGAAAUGAUUAAUGUAUCCAAAUCUAAUGAGUUAUCCAACAAACAAGAAAUUUUAAAAAAGCCAUAUACAAAUUUAGAGGAAAAGGAUAAAGAAAAAAUGAAAAAAAAUGAGACAUAUUUUAUUGAAAUAAUAAAGAACAAGAAAAAACAUAAUAUAAAUAAUAAUGAAGAGAUAAACAUAAAUAAUUCUCAUAAUAUAUUUCAUAACAGUUCAAUAAAAGAAGAAAUAAUAAAUAAGAAAAAGAUUCAAUUAUCCAUGACAGUAAUAAAUUUAGAAUAUUGGAAACCUGAAAAAUUAAAAGAAGAAGAUGGGAAUAUUAUAAAAAAAAUGAUUCCUAAUUUUAUAGAAACAUAUUUUGAUACUAUUAAUAAUAUAUAUCAAAUAGAACAUACAGAUAAAUAUUUAAUUUUUUUAUAUGAAUUGUGUUAUAUAGAUUUAUGUAUUAAUAAUUAUAUAUUUACCAUGAAAUUGUCAGAUGGGUUAUUCUUUUUAUUUAUGAGUAAUUUAGAAAAUGAGAUCAUAGAUUUAUAUAAAAAGAAUUUAUUUUCUAAUAAUAUUAAAAAUAUGAAUCAUAUAUAUAAUUAUGAAUAUACUUUUAUAUCAUCUAAUUAUAAACAUAAAGAAAAGUAUAGGGAUCAAACUAUGCAUAUAAUUAUGAAUGAGAAUAUUAUAUUUUACGAUUUUCAUUUGAUAAAAAAUUCAAACGAUUUGGACAAAGGCACCAAGAAAAUCGGUUCUAAAAAAGGAAACGUCGUUAGUAGUAAAAAGGAGACGAUCAAAAUGAAAAGGUGUAAUAUAAAUGAUACCAUACGUGAUGGUAAUAAUAACAUAUGUGAUGAUAACAAAAUGUGUGAUGGUAAUAAUAACAAAAUGUGUGAUGGUAAUAAUAACAAAAUGUGUGAUGGUAAUAAUAACAAAAUGUGUGAUGGUAAUAAUAACAUAUGUGAUGAUAACAAAAUGUGUGAUGAUAACAAAAUGUGUGAUGAUAAUGAUAAUAAUAAUAAUAAUAAUAAUAAUAAUAAUAAACAUAGCAUCCUAUGGUGGAAGCAAAAAAGAACAAGCAACAAUGAGAACGAUUAUAAAAAUGGAAAUCCUCCUGUGAUGAACAAAAAAAAAAAGAAAAGAAAAGAAGAAGGUGGAGGCACUAAUAUGAUAAAAAUAGAACAAUAUUUUGAAUAUAUACCAUAUGGUACAAAAAAUAAUGAAGAAAAAAAAAAAAAAAGUUAUGAAAAGGAUAAAGAAGUAAAAGAUAUUUUAGAAGAAAAACAUAAUUUGAUGACAGAAGAAAAUUCAUAUACAAAAUUGAAUAAAAAUCAUUCUUUGAAAAAAAAAAUAAUAGAAUUAAAUAAAGAGAUUUCAAUUAAUGUGUCAUCAAAUAAUAAUAUAUGUAAUAAUCUUAAUAAUGAUAAUAUUGAUGAUGUAACAAAAAUUAGUAACCCUUUAAAUAAACAAAUAUCUAAAGAAAAUUUUUAUUAUAAAUUGAAUUUCUUAAAAGAGUAUGAAGAAAAAGAAAAGAAGAAAAUUAUAAAUGAGAAAAAUAUUAAUGAUGUAUAUAUCAAAUUAUUUUUCACAGAAGAUUUCUUAAUUCAAAAAACGAAUAUUCCAGAAAAAUUCAUAAAAGAUAUGUUAAAAAAAUUAUCACGUAAAAAAUUUUUACACAAAAAUUCAUUCAAAGUUAUGAACAAAAAGAAUAAUAAAACAACACAAUUUUAUGUAUAUUCCUUAGGAAAUUUCGAUGAUCCUAAUAUUACAAAUUUCCAUGAUGACAAAAUAAUAAAAGGUCCUCAAGAAGAGCUCUUAUUAUCACCUUUGGAUAUUCAAAGAUUACAAGAAAAUAAGAUGAAGGAGAAUAAACAUUAUGAUAAUAUAAGAAAUGAAUAUAAGCAUCAAAAGGACAGGCAAAUGUUUAAUGUUCAUCCUUAUGAUUCUUUUGAUAAUGAUAUAGGGAAAGGUAAUACAAAUAUUAUAUGUAAAAACAAAAAAAUAAAAACAAAUAACUUAUUACAAAAUAAGGUUCAUAAAAAUAGUUUAAAUAAUACAACUAGUGUAUAUAAUGAAAGGCAAAUAUAUAGUAUAGUAAAUGAAAAUAUUAAAUGUAAUUUAUAUAAUAAUAAUAAUAAUAAUAAUAAUAAUAAUAGUAAUAUAGUUGAACAAAUAAGUGAUGUAGAUAAAAAUAUUAUUAUUGAAAAGGCUAUGAUUAAACAAAAGGACGAUCAAUUAUUACAUAAUAAUCAAAUGAUGUUGAUAAAUAAUAAUGUAUGUUAUGGAAAUGAUGAUAUGUCAUUUCAUAAUAAUAAUCCUUUUACUUAUGAUAAUUUAAUAUAUAAUAGUGUAAAAAAAAGUAGUCAUUUUGAAGGUGAUUUAAAAAUAAGGAACCUUAAUAAUUAUAUACAUAAAGAUAAUAGUAAUACAAUUAUAAAUACUAAUACGUCUAUAUUAAGUAAUAAUAAUAAUAAUAAUAAUGAUUGUAAUAUCAUUAGUUCUAAUAAAACAGCUGUAAAAGAUAUCAUAUGUAUUAACAAAAAUAAUAUUGUAGAUGAUAACGAACAAAUAAAUAAAAUAGAAACAAAAAAAGAACAACAUCUUAAUAAAAAUUUGAAAGAAAAAAAAAAUAAAACUACGAAUUUGUUAUUAUAUAUUAAUAAUAGUAAAAAAAGUCAUAAUAGUGUUAAUACGAAUAUAGGAGUAAAUAAUGAUAAUCAAUUAAAUAAGCAAAAUAAUGAGCUCGUAGACUACUUUUUGGAUGAUAUAGUUACCGAUAGUGAUGAGGAAAAAACACUUCAAAAGAGACGAACAUUUGAUAAUUUAAAUCUUGAAGAAUCGUACGAAUUUUAUGAAAGUGAAAUUUUAAGAAUUACAAAAGAAAGAAUGAACAAAAUGAAAUUAGAACCUGGAAAAAAUACGUCCACUCCCCUUUUCUUAAUUAUUAAUAAUUUAAAUAAAAUAUUAACAGAAAAAAAAUUAAAACAUAUAUCACAAAAAGAAGUAUUAGCAAUUUUAAAUAUAAUGAUGAAAAAUAAUAAAAUUGCAAGAAUAGGAGGCAAUUGGCAACCCACAUAA